AUGUUUGUCCCCUAUGAUGGCCCCACUGCUGGGGAAUUAGCUAGUACCAAGAUCUUCAUACCUGACACGGUCUCCGAAACGUGGCCAUGGCCCCGUCGUCUCAAUCAGCACUAUCUCGAAGUCAAGGUCGAAUCUGCAGCUUGGUUUGCGAGCUGUAAAGCCUUUAACAGUGCUACAGUACUAGAUGCCUUUGAACGCAUCCAUUGCGAUCUCAUGAGUUGUUUGGGCUACCCAAUCGCGAGCAAAGUGCAUCUUCGUAACAUCUGCAACAUAAUAAGGAUUUUAUACGUCAUAGAUGAAUACUCAGAUGUGUCAAAGCCAAGUGGUGUCCGCGAACAGAAGAACGCUAUCAUGGAUGCUUUGCAUAACCCCCAUAAACCACGUCCCAAAGGAGAAUGGGUCGGUGGAGAAAUGAUGCGCCAAACCUGGGAGCGCACCAUACGCGAUGCUAGUGCGCAGUCACAGAAGCGGUUCAUCACAGUACUCGACUCAUUUCUAGAGGGCAUGAUACAACAGGCAAUUGACCGAAACGAACAUCGUAUCCGUGACAUUCAAAGCUACAUCGAUGUGCGCCGCGAGACAAUCGCAAUGAAGGUUUUGUUCGCUCUUUUGGAGUUGGGCCUGGAUAUCCCAGACGAAGUCAUGUCCCACCCGACAAUUGAGACCAUGGUUAUCGCAUCCAUGGACAUGAUCAUUAUUGAUAAUGACAUUGCAUCCUACAAUUUGGAGCAAGCACGAGGAGAUGCUACUCACAACUUCAUAACGAUUAUCAUGCGCGAACUUGAUAUGGACGUCAACGGUGCCAUGUUAUGGGUGGCGGAUCUCCAUAAGGAAAACCAGAAAAAGUUCUUGGAGGCGAUGGCAGCCGUUCCAAAAUGGGGAGAGCCCAUUGACUCGCAGAUGAGAGAGUACUGCGAUGGCUUGGGAAACUGGGUGCGCUCGAACUAUGAGUGGAAUUUCGAGAACGAGAGGUACUUUGGGACAAAGGGUCCAGAAAUUCAAAGUAAGAAAUGGAUGACGCUGAUGCCGAAGGACUGCCUGAAAGAUUCUGAAGAGAUCGGACCUGUACAUGUUGAUUACUCUCUGUUAUAGUAUCACGAUGAAGCUAUAUGUACUAUCACAUACCUAUGUAUAUCUCACAUGCUCUCUCCUUAAGUUUUCAGAUAGUCCCUCCUCGCUACAGCGCUUCUCGAUCUAGUCGAGGAAGUACGCCGCAGCAUCGUACCCUGCGUCCUACUUCUCCUCAGCUCUAGGUCUCCAGUGUGGUAGUGCAAAACCAGCGUGAAGC